AUGCCCGCAAUUCCCUCACUGACCGGCUUGGCAGCUGAGAAAGUUGGCGAACUCGUGGACAACGGUUAGUCUACACAUUUUUCAUUCAUUUUUUUUUCCACACAAUUUCAGACGAACUCCCAAUUAGCAGCGCCAUCAAACUUUCCGGCAAAGCGAGCAAUCAAGUGCUCGCAGUUCUCUACGAUAAUUGUGGGGAUCUGAACGAGCGCACGUGGAAGACGAUCUAUCUGAGCGGAAUUUUUGCGCCGAGCGUGCUCGACCUCAGCGGAGUGCCCAUCGGAUGGAGCGAUUUAGCGGCGCGCCAGAACGGAACGUACACUCGAUUCAAGUUGGGCCACAGGCAUUGGACGGAAAAAGAAGAAGAAGUGGUCUCGGAGGCGGCGCUCUUGUUCAGGGUGCUCAACGAGACGUCGUGGGACCAUCUGACGAGCCUGGAUUGGAGCGGACGGCGUCGGCUCAAGUGGUACUCCGCCGCGACGGUAUGUUUUUGUGUGCUGACCUAGUUUAGAGAAGUUUCACCUUGUUUUGAUAGAUUUGACUCACUUUCCGCUAAUCUACAUAGUUUUCACCUAUCGUAACUUCAUUUGCCCCAUUUUACCUCGUUUCCCCUGGUUUCAUUCACAAUAUAUUCCAGAUGUUGAGCUCGUUUCCGAGUUUGACGACGCUCAACGUGGCCAAUCAACAAGUUCCGAGCCGUGCCCUAACCAAAAUCGCCUCCCACUGCCCGCAACUGAAACACCUAAACAUUUCGGAGACUGGCAUCCAGCACAUCGGGCCACUGGAAAGACUGGAGCAUUUGGAAGUGCUCAUAAUGCACACCUUGGACGUUAAAAGUGGAGUCGAAGCGCUGCAAAGUCUCCGAAAGUUGCGAGUGCUGGAUGUGUCGGCCAGUAAGAUGGCGUAAGUGAGAACAACUGAACAUUGUGUUGAGUUCGUGUUUCAGACACACAAUCCCGGCUAUGUUUGUCGCUGAGCAGUCCAGAAACGGACCUUCUCCGUGGCCCGAGCUCCGGUCCAUCGACAUAGGCGGCCUGGAAUUGCCCCCGGAGGCGGUGCGCGCUAUCAUGCGAGCCCAUCCGAAGCUCGGCGAGAUCCUCACAAUCUACAACGCUGCUUCCGUCGAAAUGGAGAAUCGGGACCAGCGGCCCGGACUCAAAGUGCUCAAUAAAAUGGACCUUCUGAAGCGCUACCUGGCGUUGGAUCGUUCAGAGUUUCUGUUGGCGAUCCUUGAGUCGAUGUAUACUACCUCUCACCUUCUCACACCCGAGCACCGCUACGACCUGCUCAAGAUCUGUCUGAAAGUGUCGAGAAAGUACGCAAAAGUGGACGAGAUGUUGCUGGAAAUCUCAAUUCGUCUCACUGUAGAACUAUGGCCCUAUGUCACCCGCACACUCUCGGAUGUCGAACUUCGCAGGACCGUCGGCAUGCUGCUGGACGUUGCGGAGCGAUUCAUAUCUGACUACGACGUUCUCUAUCCUAUUUGGACGGCUAUGGUCGACGAUCUGGAGACGUACGGAAUCCGGUUCGAAUUGAUCGCCUCGCGUUGGCGAUUUUGGUCGAAGCAAAUCCGUAUGGUCGAUGGUGGAAUGGUGGAAUAGUCGCUGCGAUUAAAAUCGUGCACAAGAGGUGUCAGCAGCAACCAGAUCAGUUGAAUAUCGAUGAGAGACACUUGAUGAACAUGCUCGCGAAUAUGGAUAAGUACGUAGGUGAGCCCACUCGUUUUCCAUCUAGUUGACCUAGUUUUUAACGGUUCGACAACGAUUUUCACAAGUUUCUUUCCUUUUUUUGCAGGUUCAAACGGCACCGAAAUUGUUCUAUGCUACCUGCGCCUGUUUGAAACCCUCACGAACACCUACACCCACCUACUGGACCGUUUGGCGCGCGACGGAUUGCGCGUUUUUGAGAAAGUGCUGGUUCGGAUCUUUUUGGACGAAGAAUGCCAACGACGCGCUCUUCGUCUGAUGCUCAAACUGAUCACGUAUCGAUGUGAAGUGCAGGGCGACGGAGUGCUCAUGACUGAUCAGCUUUACUAUGAUCUCACGUGAGUUUUUUCGUCGUGCAACUUCUGCGCACACCUUUAGCACCUGUCAAGCAAAAGUCUGGCGAUAGUUGCUGAAGAUCUGCUCAAAAGUUGCGAGUUUAGAGGUUCUAUUUAGAAUUGCAGCUAUCUUAUGGUCCACGACAUGAACAGCCACGAAGGACUCACCCUUUCCUACCUGUCCGUGCACACUCUGCUCGCGACGUUCGGACGUCCGAACAUGUGGGAAUCGCCCGUCUCCAUCAGAACCACCGAUCAGCAUAUCAUCGGUCUCCUCUCCGAAUACCCGGACAGCAAUCAAAUGGGCAAUUUUCCCGACGAGCAUAUGAGGUGUGUGGAGCGGUACUUGGAGGAGAGAAACUUCGGCUCUCGUGUCAUGUUCGCGCUGUGGAAUGUGUUGAUGGGAUUGAAGACGGUGCCGGGCUUCAACGACAGGUACGAAGCGUCGAGAGUGAAGCAGUUGGUCGAGGAGAUCGCCCACGGAAUCAUCGAGUUGGACGAGGCGACGGAGGAGAUUGUCAAGAUGGCCAGGAAAGUUGUCGAUGUGGCGAGAUGCGAUUUCUAA